AUGGCUCUAUCUAGUCCAGAAUCACCUGUUCCGCCACGCUGGGUUGUAAUUAAUCGCACUGAAAACCCGAGCGAGGAACACGAGGAGCUCAACAAGAUGGCGCAUGGCGUUGUGGCAGAAAGUCGAAGGUUUGUACUCUUGGUUGGGUUUUCUUUUAUGUAGCAAGGUUUCGCUUAGUUGUGUUAUUAAUGGGGGGAACUUAUUUAACUUAGAUAAUUUACUGACAUUUUAAAAGGUGUAUAUGCACACGAGCCCAAGCUUAGCUCUUGAUUUAUUACAUGGCCAUAGGCAUUGUUUCUAUUUUAUGUCCCCCCCCCCCCCCCCCCUACACCGGCUAAUCUCAAUCGAUGAGGGUUUUUAAUGGGGCUGGCCUGAGAGAUUUUCUGAUUGGUUCAGUAAUAGUAAUAGAAGGCAGGGUUUUUUUAUCUAAAAUAUCAAUCAAAUACUCAAGGAGAAAAGAAUAAAGCAAUAAAUCUUUGGUUGGUUGGUUUUUUAACAGUCACAGAAUCAUGAUCAACAUGCAAUGCAUACCAGCAGCCUUUACUAACCCGUUGAUCAGUUGUACAGUACUGUUUUCUCAUUUCAUUUUGUUAUUUUUGUUAUUUAUUUAUUUUCAUUUCAUUUUGUUUUUAGUUAUUUACAAGACUGUUGUUAAAUUAAUCAAUUAACUAAAAGGGGUACUGACUUCCUGAAAUAACUAAUAAGUUUAAAAUGCUAAGAAGCCAGAUUGAGUAAGAUUAUUUAAAUAAGUUUAUUGUGCAGGGUACAAUAUGGCAGCAUAUCAGACUGUAUACACACAAACACACUGAUAUACACACACACACUAGUGCAUAUUACCAUAAGAAGAGGAAAAAAUUAGGAUGGAAGUUACGAAGUACAAGAUAAUUGGCAAUAUUAGUACAGGGAAAGGUAAUGUUUUAAUUUUUAUUUAAAUUGAGAAAGGGAAACAGCUGUAAUCUUUUCAUCAAUUGAGUUCACUGUGGAUGUCUGACAACCUUUCUCGUUUGCCUGGCUAAAAUGGUGACCUGGUUGGACAUAAUUAUGCCCUUUCUAAAAGGAAAAAGAGUAUUUUUAGGCCUGCUAUUCCAAACCAACUGUUAACUCACUUUUGUAGCACAAUAGAUGCAAUGCCAUGUCAAGCUGUUUAAAUAGUUUCCAUGCUUGUUUUGUUUACAGUGAAGAUGUCUUCUCAAGUUAUGCUUGCAACUCAUUAAAUCAUAAAGGAAUUAAACACCAUCCGGGGGAUAUUGUAGAAGCUGGUUGCUGGGCGGUAAGUAUGUAUACUGCAUGUUUCUUGAAAUACAUGUACCAAAUUUGUCCCCAGGGGCUCAUUAAGGGCCGGGCACCGGGCAAAUUGACCGGCUGUGAACACGACUUUGCCCGGCUGCUUUACAUCUCAAAGAACUUCUUUUUAAUACAAGGAACGAUCGAAAACAGUUUUAAGUUACAAUCGUGCCCAUUUCUCUAUGAGUCUUAUCGAGUGUAAAACAUACUUUGCCGUGCAAUUUCCACUUUAUUACACGCGGCAUGAAAUCCCCUCGUUCUUUGUGUGUUAAAAACAAGAAUCGCCCCAUAACACAUUGCGAAAAGAACUGUGCUUCAUAAACGACCACCUGAAAUGUAUCAGUGUUGCAAGCACAUGAGCAUGGCGGCCCAGAAAAGAAUGUGUUCGAUAGCGUAUUAUUUUUCGGCUUCAACCAAAGGGCCUCCAGUAGAGAAAAGACCAAGAGAUGAGUAGACUUGCCUGUAUAUAUUGAGUGGCUUAAUCAUCGUGUUCAACGAAGCGAAGCGUGAUUUUUAUUCGUCUUAUGGUUUACGCCAAUGAAUUAAUUUUCGGUGCGUUCACGUUAAAACAGUGCUCCUCCCGUCUAGUCAUUGAAAUUUUAAAGAUAAGUUGAUUACGGCUCAGAUGCUGACGGUGAGUUUCAGGGCUCGAAAUUGCGACCAAUACGGUCGCAUUUGCGACUCAAUUUUUCUUAUUUGCGACUAGAAAAACGAGAGUAGUCGCAAAUUUGCGACUAGGUUUUGCCUUAACUGAUACGAAAUAAAAGGACUAGCACUGGAAUUUUUGCUUACAUAAAUUUAGAAAUAAAAAGAUUCAUUGAAGUAGCGUCUUAUAAUUUUGUUACAAUCUAAAGGUUUACCGUAAUUUACCUGGAAUGCAUACACGCAACAAUAUUCCUUCGACAGCACGCCAUUUUCAGCGGGUUCUGUAAACAUGUACAUUGCAGGCUUAUAUUUCGUUUUGAUUUGCCGCUGACAGUCCCGCCAGCAUGCUGAGGACUUUUCCUGCGUUUAUGACGCGCAUUACAGCCCUCACAGUACACAUGUGUUCUUCUUUAGUGAGUCCAUUAUGUCGGAUGAAAGCGACUUAAAUUGUUUCAAAGGUCACAUUUUAAACGAAGAAAUCGACCGAGCGAAAGUUAUAUACUCAAGAAAACAAGAGGAAUUCUCACGUUUAAUCAAUCAGCAGCCAAAACCAAGACACAGUAAUCUUCCUCGAGAUGAAUCUGCGUAUACAUGAAAACGAGGUUUAGCAAACAAAGAUGGCGGAAUGUCCGCAUGGCACGUAUCGUCGUAUUGAAUGAUUCAGUCCUUCAGGGUUCUUUGAAUAAUCACUGUAGUAAUACCCCUGAUACUUCAGAUGUAAAGCUUAAUAUAUAAAAGAAUUCGUUACUUGUUUUGUCAUCGGUGGAAAACCUGCAAAAGGUAAAACUAAAGGAAUUUAGUUACGUAACGUAACCUAUAACCAUGUCGGAUGUCCGCCCAGUACAAACGUUAUUGCUAUUUUGCAGAGAUUGGAGGCAUUUAAGAACUGCAGUUUCCUGCUGUAAUAUCUGUUCAUGAUUUGGAAAUCUAUCGCUUUGACUAAAAUAACAGACACUAAUUUAUGUGCCUUAACGCAGGUUCAACUUGAUCGUUUAGAUGAACUGGUGUUGUCCAAGACGCUAAACGUUCUGUACUAUUAAGUCUCGAAAUGACAUGAAAGCUGUUGAAAGAAUGAAAAUUAAAGCGUUAAUCAUUUAAAAGCCUACUUAUUUCUUGAUUAAAUGGCCUCAAUUAAUUUCGCGACUAACAUUUUCAAAGUUGCGACCAAAUUUUCGUAACUAGUCGCAAAUUUGCGACCAGACAUUUUUUUUAAUUUCGAGCCCUGGAGGGUUUGAGUAAAGAUUAUUAUGAGCAGAGCUAUUAAAAGAGAACCAAAAAGUCCAAUUUGUGUGGUGGGUAUUGGUAUCAAAUCAUGAUUAAAUUUUCUAGAAAAGUUAUCUUUUUGUGGUUGUUGAAAGUCAUUGUCUGCAGCUUCAAAAUGCAGGAAAACACAUCCUUACGACUAUAGAAUUUCAAAAUUUUCCGGGGGAGCAUGCCCCUGGAUCCCCCUAGAGGUGUGUCAAACUCAGUUGCCCUCCUGUUCAAAACCUUAAUGAACCCCCUGUGUCCCUAGUGUGGUUAAACAAGCAUUAGACCUUGUUUGAGUCAGAAUUUUCUUUGUUUCCUAGCCUCAACAAAGAGAAGUCAUUAUGUCAUGUUGCCAUGCUUACUAGCAAAAUUCCUGGAUCUCAACAAACUGUGGCCCUGCAAUUAUAUGGGAGAAAAAAAAUCGACUGUAUGACUUUCCUGUGAUUGCACUUAGGACUUUUCUUUCAUCAUUCGACAAUGCAAAUCAUGAAAUGGCCAUUUCUGUCUCGAAAGAAGGACUGUUGAGAUCCAGAAAUCUUGUUACCAUGGUAAAGUGAUAUCAUGCUUUUCUCAAUUAUUUGUAGGGGACAAAGAUAAUACAUUCCAUUUUACCAGAGGACAGUUUAUUCUCACAAUGUUCAACUGUCUGCGCUAUUGAUAUUUUUGUUUUUAAAAAGGUUGUUUCAUUUUGUAGGUUUUACUGAUGAUUAUCUUUUUAAAGUAAAUGCACAAUAAAAAUUAAUGGCUACUGACUUCAUGUAUGUCCCCUCUCUUUCCUAGGCACAGCAGUUACCACGAGCUAAAUACCAGUUGUUUAAAUCGCUUCCACAAGAUUUAGUAGAGACAGGUGAUGAUAAUUGACAUAUUUACUUUGACCAACAUUGGGCGAUUCCAGAAAAUAUCCAUACCAUACCACGGACGGCUUUAAGGAUUUCCGAAGGGGAGGGAGGAUUCACGAUUAUGGAAUUCUGAAGGCAUGGGGGGGUAUUUACGAUUUGAAAUCCGAAGGUAUGGGGGAAUUCCACAGGUGGGAUUUCUGGAGUAGAAAGUGUAGAGUAAGUGAUCCUGGAAAACGCUAUUGUUGUGGACUUUUGUAGUUCGUAAAUAAACCACGAACGUAUGACCGCGGAAGCAGAAGACAAGCAUCAAUAGAUCAGACACGUGUUUACGCUCAUAACUUAUAGAAGUGAACAGUAAAACGUUGGUUUCACAUUUACCUUGAUGAAUUUCUUAUCACGUGAAUAAAAACUGAAAAUGUAUCUUUUAAUACCGCUUGCAAAUUUCUUGUUACUCCCGUCCAAAACCGUCCGAUAAACAGUAAAAAAACUCGCACCAGUCCCUCACUUCCAAGGAACGCCUGUCAGAUUAGAACGCUGCGUGCGCACUACAUGACGUAUAAAAGGACGUAACACGACUUGACGGUAUAUUUGACCGCCAAAAGAUUUUAACAGUCUGUUUGAGCUAUUUUCCUUUGUAAACGCGUCAAAACAGCACAAGAAAACAAAGAGGAGUAAAAUUACCUUAAGUGGUGUUUAUUUUUAUAGCCAAAUUCGGACUUAAAAAGGAGUUUGCACGGCCUGGCAACUAAGCGUAGGUUUUUCUUGUCACUGAAGAGUAAAGCUUGUCACCUGGUGCCGCUAGAUCACAGCCUUGAGGAGGCAUAAAUUCAUGUUCGUUUGUUCUUAUAGGCGUUGCUAAGUCGAAAAUGUACUUCAAAAAAAAAACCGGAAAUUCUGAAGGGGAGGGGGGGUUCACGACUAUGGAAUUCUGAGGGCAUGGGGGGGUAGCGCAUUUUGGAAUUUCCGAAGGCAAGGGGGGGUUAAAACAUGGAAGCCGUCCGUGGUUGGGUAUGGAUAUUUUCUGGAAUUGCCCAUUCUGGUUAUUCUCUUGCUUCUUUAAGUCUCUGUUACUUGUGGCUCUCAAGUUCUCUUAGUUUCCUUUGCUCUGUGGCUCUCUGGUAUGCCUGGUUUUCCUGAUUCUCAUGGUUGGUAUUUCUCAUGGCUCUUCCUGUUAUCGUGGUUCUUGUACAUGUAGUUCUCCUCGGUUUUGUGAUCCUCCACAAGUACAUGAACCAGCCUCUGAGGACUACAAGAACCACAGAAACAGGAGACCAAUGAAUCAUGAUGCCAAUAAGAAGUAGGAAACCAUUUUAAAUUCAAGAAUCAGGAGAACGCAUAAGACCAUUCGGACCCUGGCAAAAAAAUGAUGAUACCGAUGAAAAACAUGUGCGACCAUUCAAAUGAGACCUCUUCAACUGUACUUUUCACAUGGCACCAGACUAAAAAACUAAUGGUUUUUUUUCCACAUUUACAUGUAAAAACUCUUUAAAAAUGAAAUUUGAAAUUUUUGUUGAAUUGGACACUUUGGUCACUUGUUGAAAGGAAAGGGUUUACAUAUAGUUGGGUUUUACUUACAGCAGCUUUGUCCCCCUCCCCCCUCCCCCUCCUUUAAUCAGACACCAAAGGGACAGAACCAAGUGUUUUCUUUACAGAGCUGUCUGCUUUAUUAUUGAGGUAAAGUAGUAUGUAUAAAGUUAGAUGUCUUUAAGCUAUAUAAUUAUGUGCAAGACAGAGAAUUGUUUUGUCCAUUUGCACAUGGCUAAAAGUUUGUGUAACAACUCCCAACAACAUGCAACAACAUUGCAACAACAUGCAACAGGGUGUGCCAAUGGACGCAACAUGUAACAUUCAACAAUGUUGAGAGCUGUUGGCCGACAAUGUUGCAUCCAUUUGCACGAGGCUUUAGGAUGAAAAGACCUUAUAGAGGUGUUUGCAUGGAGGGGUUUGAUCAUAUUUUAGGUGAUAAUUUUGUAAUAAUAUUGAUAAAGGGAAAUGUUGAUAAGCCUAUUUUUUUUGUUUACAUCAGGCAAACUAAGUGAUUUGCAACUGGAAGGAGUUUUGUAUGCUGUAAGUAUAAUUAUCACCUUAUUAGUAUCAAGAACUCUGUCAACAUUUGUCGGCUUUUGUAUUGCUCUUUCUUCUUUCCACAUAAAGCAUUUAAAAUAUUUGGGAAAAGAUGGAUUUCUAGCUAAAAAUAAAUUCAUUACAAAAAGGCCCUUCCAGCUGCUGUGGAUAUGUGGUAGCAGAGAGUGUGUUAUUGCACAGUCAUGGUCUUUAGUCAUAAAAUCAAGUUAAAUAGCAUGAAAAAUUCAUUUUAUAAACUGCUGUUGAUUUUUUUAAUAGUGUCAAAGACAUCAGAUGGUCCUUGCCAAUGGACAGAGAGCUGGAUUCUUUAUAGGGGAUGGUGCUGGGGUUGGAAAAGGAAGACAAGUGAGUACAUUUUGUUUUUGCACAAUUUCAUGCUGUUAAGUCGAUGAACUGUUACUUUGUUUAUUUAGACAAAAAUCAAGAACGAUGGCCAUUUUCACUGAGGUGCAAAUUUACCUCAUUUUCAUGCUUGCAAAAGCACUUGCCUCGUUUUCAUUUUAAGGUGACUCGACCCAGUUUUUUGGGGAGGUACCAUCCUUACUUUGAAGCUCUCUGGUAUCCCCUCCUUUACUUUUAUCGUAAGUCUAACACAUAGAAUGGAUAACAUAUAGAUCAAUCUACAAUAAUUAUAACAUAAAAUUUUUGGCGAUUAGAGUAAAUGUCACGUGGUUAUAAUGCCACGCCCCUUUGAGGUCUGAGUCGAAAAUCUGCUGUUGCCGGCAUUUUUUCGUGAAAAUCUCUCGGCUACACAUAGUGCGCAUUAGUGCCUUGCACUUUCACCAAAAUCGCAAAGACCCAAUUCGAGAAAUUCAGCGGUUUCCAAAUUUAGGUCAUAAUUUAUGCGAAAAUGAUAAGCAAACUUUACACGAGUACAUCUAAUAAACUAUGAGAUUCAUCCCUUUAUUUUGGGCAUCGUUAUAAGAGAUGGGUCCUUGCAAGUCAGCAAAAUGCUUUAGGGCCUUGUAAAUGCGCGCGAUUUCGAGCAAAGCAAACAUAUAGAAAUUAUAGUUUUCGCUAUUUGUUGACGUUUGUCAGCGUUUAAGAGUCCUUCUCACGAAAAAAGCAUUUUCUUAAAAAUUCGUAGUUUUUUUUCUUUCAAAUUUUUUCAGGGCCACAAUUGAUUAACUAACUACCCGGACUCUGAAUUUCAUGGUCAUUGAAAAACUGUGACAUUAUCUUCUAUAAGCCCAAACUUGAGUAAACAUUGAAGAUUUUUAGCGUUUUGGCUGAGUUUGUUCUUUGGGAGUUGUCUAUUGUUUCUAGUCUGUCAUUAUACAGCAUUCUUGUUCAGCAUGCAUGUGAUGACCAGGCUUGGGUGACUUCCGAAUGCUCACUGCCAAACCUUGAAUAUAGAACUGUUUGACUUUAAGCCCAUUAAAUUUGUAGUCAAGAUUACACUCCAGUUGUUUUCUACUGUAGAUUGCUGGCAUUGUGUUGGACAAUUUUGAACGUGGAAGAUCCAGACAUAUAUGGUUUAGUCUUUCAGCUGACCUACGAUUAGAUGCCCAAAGGUGUGUUCAGAUUAUUUUUUAGCCAAAGUCUGAUUAUGUAUGCAAUGGAAUUUUGACCUUUUAAGUCAAUGAUUUUAACCCAUUCACUCCUGGGAAUUUUUCCAAAAAAUACCUUUUAAAAAAGUCUGCUCUCUAUGACUUAUUGGCAAGGUAGGUUUUAUUACAGAUUAGAAGUCAUAAACAGGAUUUUCUUUUUCAAAAUCAUCUUCUGGUCCCUCAGUCGAUCCUACAGGAUGCAGGCAGUAAAUUAUAUUGCAUCUUUGGAGAUCUGAUACAUCAGGGGCACAGGAUGCACAGGCAGGGGUAACAAAAUCACUGCAGCAUUAAGUUCAUAAUUUCACAUUUUUUUGGCACUUUUACAUGUAACCCAUUCACCCACUAGAACAAAAUGGUCCAGGGGUAAUAUUGGAAGGAAUAUUCAGAAGCAUUUCCACACCAAUGAUCCAAUAAAAUCGAUAAAAUCGGCUUUGGAUUUGGAUUCACUGAUUCUGGACUGUGACAGAGUUUUCAUGAUAUGAAUCCCUAUAGCAGUUUGUUACAAAAUCAGGGAUGCUGGUAAUUGCUCUCUCUCUCUGUAUAGCUGUAAAAUACUAUAACCCAAGAAACUGACAAAUUUCUGAUUGUUUUUCAUUUGUCAGAGAUUUACAUGACAUUGGUUGUUUUGUCAAAGUGAUAGACGGUUGUCAGCAGCUGGAUAAAGAAACCAGGUACAUGAACUCAAAUACCAUGGGUAUUAUUUAGAGUGGGGCAAGAGGGCCAUGCCUUCCCCUGCCUUUUUGUCUAAAAUCUUGUUAAAUUUCAGAAAAAAUUCUCUCAACAUCUGUCUUCCAGAAUCUCAAUGUUUGGACGAAAUGCUAUCAGAGUUCUCUCUGUUUUGGAAUUUUUUAAAUCUUUCUCUGAAUACUACGAGUUAUCUACACUAGCUGUUGUCUGUUGUUAUCAUUAUGUAACACAACAUAUUCUUGGACAAGGUACAUAAAUUCCUUUUCUUAAUAAUUAUUUUCUAAGAUUUCUUUUUGAAACCAAUCUGUGCAUGCAAGUUUCAUUAAUUUUCAUUUUCCUUCAAUUCAGGUGUAUUUUUCCCCAAGUGAUAAUCUGAUCCAAAAUGUUUCCAAGCCAACUAUUGCUUCCUACAGUGUAAAAGAAAGGAGAAGUCACACUGCCAUGGUAGCAAAAUUUCUGGGUCUCAACAAACUGUGGUCCUGCCAAUAUGGUGGGGAAAAAAACAACAAAAAUUUUUUUUCUGUGCAUCAUUGCUUUUAAGAACGAAAGGGUCGCUGGUAUUUUCCUUCCAUCAUUGGACAAUACAAAUGGCCAUCCAUCUCUGUCAAGGAAGAUUAUUGAUCCAGAAAUCUUGCUUCCACGGUAACAUGACAUCACACAUCUCUCUAUAGAAGCAAUAUUCUGUGAUUUAUUUGACAGUAAUAAUAGAUCAGUAGGAAUUUUAAAACAAAUCCAAUAACAUUGACAUUAUUUUGUUUUACAGAGUAUUUGGCUUACCUGCUGAUUUUAAAGAGGGUGUUGUCUUCAGUACAUACGCAACACUGGUGUCGUCUGUUCAAAAAGGUGAGCGUGCAGUGUGAAUGUCAUCUAUCACUGACAAUAGACAAGGUUUUUUUUUUUGUUGAUCUGAUUUGUUUUUUUUGACAGGUGCCAAUCGUUAAAGCAGAUUGCAACAGCUCAUAGACUGGUGUGGUGGUGAGCAGUUUAAUGGAUGCCUCAUAUUUGAUGAGUGUCAUAAAGCAAAGCAUUUUGUACCUGUAAGUGAUUUACAAUAGUUUAGCUCUUAUUCUUCACACUCAUAACUGCAGCAAAUACAUGUAAAUACAUAUUUAAGGCAAAAAGCAUGGAUUAUUAGACCAAAACUCAUUAUUCAUCUUAAGUAAAGUAUAUGUAUCAAGUUUGAAAUUCCAAAAUUUUGCGAAAUAUCCAAGAAUUGAGUCCGACAUGUCUAAUUUGGGUCGACCCAUGAAUUAAGUUCGAGUGGCCCACAUGGGAAUUUUUACUGUGGAGCAAACAUCAAAUUUUUCUUGUACUGAACCUAAUGUAUAAAUUACAGUAAUCUAUUUUCACUGUUAAGUAUUAAUUUCAGACCAUUAAACAUCGUGGCAAUGAAUUGAGUCCGGCUUCUUAAGUUUGAUGUCUGAAUGAACCAACGAACUUAUAUCAUUUGGGUCAACCUAAAUAGGUGUCAAGUUUGGUACAUGAAAAGUUUUACGUUUGAACUGAGCCUAAGAAUGCCACAGGUUUUCAGUUCUUGGAACUGACAAGUUUCACUCUCUCUAAAUAACGUAAGAUUGGUUUGGCUUUUUUGCCUGGCUUCUUCCCUAUCAGACAUACAGUGUUCUCCCUGAAUUUUAGCUCAGCUGGUAAGGGACCAUUCUUGGCCAGUAAGGUAAAAAAGAUGUGUGCUAGAGGGGCAUUUUCCUUGUGGGGAGGGGGGUAGUAGAAUGAGGGACAUGCCUUCUACCUCGCUGUGAAAUUUGGCAGCUAAGUUCUCUGAAAAGUCAUUCCCUCAUUUUUAAGACCUAUUUUACACAAGUUAGCCAUUGUUAUCUGUAGACAACAAUUUAAAACAUUUGAUUGCAAUAAUCUUACUCUGUCUUCAGUGCCCUCUGGCCCAUAAAAAAGAAAAGUUGUGUAUACUUUAGUACACUUCCAAAUAUUCAUUCAUUACCUUGAUCUGAUCGGAACACAACUUGCGUAUUGUUUUUAAAAACAACUUAUUUAACUUUAGUAAACCUUCAAACAGUUGCAGUGAGUCGGUAAGAAGUGUUGCUUCAGAUGGUAAAUUUUACCGGUUACUGCGUGAUAAGGAGCACACCUGACAUAAGAAUUCAUCUUUAGGCCACAAAAUUGAAUUACCUUAAACAGCUGUAUGAUAUAGGAAAGAGCCCAAUUUUAAACAAAAUCCAAAAAGAAAACUUCAAUUUGUUAACCUAUAACUUAUUAUGUCCUAUUUAUGUAUGAGCAGGGCAGUAAUUAAGAACUGGGGGCCAGGGAUUUCCCCCGGCUACUGUGAAUGUGGUUCCCAGCUACUUUCAUUGGAAAAUAGAAGAAACAGAACCAAAAGAAUUCCAUAGCUGUUUGAUUCCCUGCCUACUUGUUGUAUUUACCCAACAACUUGAAAUCUCAGUGACAACCCUGUAUCAGUAAAUAGAUUUUUUUUCAAGAAAAUAAUCAGUGGCUGUAUGGAAUAAAACCCUAAGUGACAUUUUUGAAAAACUACAAGAUCCUUUGUCCAAAUCGCCUCAUAUUUGCCCAUGUAUGUGAAAGGAGGAUUUGAUAUCAUGUCAAUUGUCACUAGGGGCAUUGUUCCGUGCACCCUUCAAAUUACAAAGAUUAGAAUAUGUAAACUGAAUCAUUGGAUAACACUAUUCUAGAGCUCUGAUUGGCUUAGCCAUCACGGUAUAUGAGCCCUUAUACGAUGCUCCCCAAAUAUGGUAACUGUACACGUCUGCUCAAAAUUAAAAACAAGCUGAAAAUUGGUUGUUUUUACAAAUAAAGUCAGGACGAAUUCUCGAUAUUUUGCGGGCGUUUUUAAUAAAACAAUAUUCCACUCGUGCUUGUUGUAUAUGACAUGAUCAUAGUCAACUCAUCCAACACGCGCGAGUGGAAUAAUUGUUAAAUAUACCUGACCUCCUUACUGUCUCUACAGAGUCCCCCCCCCCCCGCUUCCCCUACAGUGACUGCUGUACCCAAGAUCUCUCUUUUUUAAAGA